CGUUGAGUGGAACAAAUCUUUAGUGUUUUUCGGCAAUUGUUCCCGUGGCAUCGUCGUCGUUCGUGAGUGCGCAAACCAUAGUACAUUGAUUUGAGAAAUGGCAGACGCACAGCUUCCCACCGUUUUGCAGAAACUGUUCAGCCACAUCGAUGCCAAUCAGGGCCGCUACAUCGAUGCGCUGCGUGAAGCGGUCGCCAUCAAAUCGGUUUCGGCGUGGGCCGAUUCGCGGCCGGAGAUCUUCCGUAUGGUCGAUUGGGUGGCCGACCGGAUGAAGAAGCUCGGUGCGACGGUCGAGCUGGCCGACGUGGGCAAACAAAAGUUAUCCGAUGGUCGCGAGCUGGAUCUCCCGAAAGUUAUCCUAGGGACGCUUGGCAACGAUCCGGCGAAGAAAACCGUGUGCCUGUACGGGCAUCUGGAUGUGCAGCCGGCCCUCCUGGAGGACGGCUGGGCAACGGAACCGUUCGUGCUGACGGAGAAGGAUGGCAAACUGUACGGGCGCGGUUCGAGCGACGAUAAGGGACCGGUGCUCGGGUGGCUGCAUGCGAUCGAAGGCUACCAAACGAUCAAGGAACCACUGCCGGUCAAUCUGAAGUUUGUGUUCGAGGGCAUGGAGGAGUCCGGCAGCGAGGGUCUCGAUGAGCUGCUGUACGCUCGUCAAAAGGACUUCUUGUCCGACGUGGACUAUGUGUGCAUUUCCGACAACUACUGGCUGGGGACCGAUAAGCCGUGCAUCACGUACGGUCUGCGAGGUAUCUGCUAUUUCGACGUCGAGGUCAGCGGUGCUCACAAGGAUCUGCACAGCGGCGUGUUCGGUGGAACCGUUUACGAAGCGAUGAACGAUUUGGUGUAUCUGCUGGGCACGCUGGCGGAUCGCGAAGGGCGCAUACUGAUACCGAACGUUUACAAAGAGGUGGCGCCGAUGCUGCCGAACGAGCAGGCCAUUUAUGACGCGAUUCACUUCGACGUCCCUAGCUAUCGGGGCGAGGUCGGUGCCCGGAAGCUGAUGCACCAGGAGGACAAAACCAAGAUACUGAUGCACCGCUGGCGGCAGCCCAGUCUGUCCAUCCACGGCAUCGAAGGCGCAUUCUACGAGCCGGGCCAGAAGACAGUCAUUCCGAAAAAAGUGAUUGGCAAGUUUUCGAUCCGCAUUGUCCCCAACCAGACGCCCGACCAGAUAGAGCGCUACGUUACGGAGUACUUGACGGCGAAAUGGACCGAGCGUGGCUCACCGAACCAUUUUGCCGUGCGCAUGGCGCACGGUGGUAAACCGUGGACGGAGGACCCGAACCAUCCGCACUAUCAAGCGGCUCGGACGGCCACGAAGCACGUCUAUCGCGUCGAUCCGGAUAUGACACGUGAAGGGGGCUCCAUUCCGGUCACACUGACACUGCAGCAAACGACGGGCAAGAAUGUGGUGCUGCUGCCGAUGGGUGCUUCCGACGAUGGAGCACACUCGCAGAACGAGAAAAUCGAUGUCCGCAACUACAUCGAAGGGACGAAACUGCUCGGAGCCUACCUGUACGAGGUGUCCAAGAUUAGCAGCACUCCGUGAUGGAACCGUGCCAGAUGCCACCGCGUCCACUUCGCUCUAUCGAUAACACAGCAUCACACAAUCUAAGGCGGUGGUUGAGAACCCCGCGGAAGCAUAUUAACAAUAAACUAAGCGGAA